AUGAACCUAUUGAAAGCAAAUGGUCGACUAAAAUGGUCCAUGGCGUUUAUGCUUAUAUUUAUUAUUGUUUACCUAUUUGUUAUUUGUCUCUCAAAAGCUAGUCUGUACGGUGUCUUGAAUGUCUUUACAGUAGAUUUUAAUGACAUUCCAACGGAGAAUAUACUUGAAGACUCACCAGAUCAUUUAUUUUUACAAAAUUUCUCGCAAAAGCAUUCCGAAUUAACCAGCAAGGCUUUAAAGAUCUUCUUCGUACAAACAUCGGAAAACGUCGAUAUUCUCUCCCGACACGCUUGCUCAAUCGAAUCAGCUGCUCGUCUACAUCCGGAUGGUUUCAUCUUCGUCCUCAUGCGUAGUCAGUACGUUCUCGUCAAAUCCAGUGCAUACAUACAUCUACACUCUUAUUCCAACAUACAUAUCGUUCAUUUUACUGAAGAAGAUGUUUACUCAGAUACAGCAUUGACUCGACUAAAUCAAACCAAACGUAAACAAUAUAUUCGUUAUUUUUCUAUUUCGCACAUGAGUGAUUUCAUUCGUACAGCACUAUUGUACAAAUAUGGUGGAAUUUAUUUUGACCUCGAUGUUAUACCAAUAAAGAAAUUUCAUCAUUUUCGUAAUACGGUCGCGCUCGAAACAACCGAUGGUGUCAACGUUGCUGUUUUGGCAUUCGAAAAACAUCAUCUGGCGUUAAACUUGCAAAUGAACAUUCAAUUACAGACAAUUUCCAAACAAUUUCAUGCUCUGUGUUGGAAUUGCCUUGGACCAAAAGCGUUAACCGAUGCCUUAAAGAACGUUUGCGAUCAACAACGCCUAAUUGUCCAUCAACAAGAUAAAUGCCAUCAAAUUGACAUUCAACCGUCGUAUGUAUUUUAUCCAAUUGCCUAUCAAAAUAUUCCACAAUUUUUCUGGCGUUCAUCUGAUAGUAUCGACUUUCUAAUGAAAAACUCAAGUAUCUAUUCCAUACAUUAUUUUCAUCAUAUGACAAUGAAUAUUCCAAUUGAACAUCAGUCACCAUUUGCUCAAAUAGCCGAAUUCUUUUGUCCGAAUGUUUAUCAGCAAUUAAUGAAUGAGAAUCAGCCGACUCAAUCGGCGAAUUAUUUCUUUACAGAUAUACAAUUUCUUCGACAUAUUGAUCGUGAAUCCAAAUACUCAUGUUCGUUUUGA